AUGAGGCGCGGGGACGGGCGCGCAGCGGGCACGUCCCCCCAGCAGGUGCAGAACGCGCACAAGGGGCGCAGCCUGCCGAGCGUGCGGAGUGUGUCGGCGGGGCUGCUGCCGUCGUUCCGCGCCAUCUCGAGCUACCUCCGCCAUGUCUCCUCCUCCGCCGACUCCCUCGUCGCCUCCGCUGUCCGCUCCGCCUCCGCGUCGGUCGCGGCGGCCAUGGCGCCCGGCGACGAUAGCCAGAACAAGGAGCAGGUCACAUGGGCGGGCUUCGGGUGGUUGGAGCAGGCGUCGUGCCGCGGCGCGUCCGUGCCCGUGUCCGGCACGCGCCACGUGCUCCUCGUGGCGUACACCACGGGCUUCCACGUGUGGGACGUGAGCCAACCACACGCCGUGCAAGAGCUCGUCUCGCGACGCGACGGCCCGGCGGACUCGUUGCAUCCCAUCCCUUACGUCGCUAGAACCCCCCCGGAUAGUCCGCUCCGCGACGCGCAUCCCGUGCUCUGCGUCGUGUGUCCCUCUGCCGCCGCGCCUCCGCCUCUCUCGGCCGCAGCCUUGGGAUCUCCGAGUUUGUCUGCGCAGUUUCCGUACCUGGACGACGACGAACCGUACGCUGACGUGGCGGACGGGACAGACGAGCCGUACGCGUGCGGAGAUGAAACGGGCGGCGAGCAGAGCGUGCUGCGGUUCUACUCGAUGCGGAGCGGUUCGUAUGUGCACUCGAUCACAGUGGCGGGGCGGGUGAUGGGCGUGAGGAGCAACCGCAGCGUGCUGGCAGUGGCUGUGACUGAACAGGUGUACAUAUACGACCUGCCAUCGCUGCGCACGGCAUUCAGUGUGCUCACGCACCCGCACCCCCUCCCCUCCGCCCUCCCCGGCAUCGCCCGCACGUCCCCCCACGGCGCCCUCGCCCUGGGCGCGCGCUGGCUCGCCUACCCCUCCAACCAGCCCCUCGCCCCGCCCGCCUCCGCCCCCCUCCCCUCCGCCUCCUCCUCCGCGGCUGCUGCUGCAGCUGCGGGCGCAGGGGCGGCACUGGUGGCGCAUUAUGCCAAGGAGUCGGGGAAGCAGCUUGCAGGGGGGAUAGCCGCCCUGGGGGACCUGGGGGUGCGGGCGGUCGGCAAGUACUGGACGGACAUGGUGGCGGAGUCCGCCGGCGGCUCAGGUGUUUCCAGCGCGUCAGGUGCUUCAGGUGUUGCGGCAGGGUUGGGGUCCCCCUGGAGCAGCAGGAGCCCGGAGCACAUGUUUGCCCCUGACUCACCACACGCAUCCGUCUCUGGAGCGUCAGUAGUAUCGGGAGCAUCGGUAUCGGGGUCGUCAACGGAUGGGUAUGCGGACGCCAGUCCCAGGGCAGCAGCAGUGCACUCGCCUUCACCACCGCAGCUCCCACCUGCCGACCCCGGCCAUGCCGGCAACGUGAUGGUGCGGGACGUGGCGACUCGUGCAGUGAUAGCGCACUUCAAGGCGCAUGGCAGCGCCAUAGCACUGCUGGCGUUUGACAGCUCGGGCACGCUGCUGCUCUCCGCCUCGCACGCCGGCCACUCCCUCAACGUCUUCCGCCUCACCCCCGCCCCCUCGCCCCUCCACUCCCCUGCCGCCAACGCACCCCUCCUCGACUCACACCCCCAGUCGCCACCAGACGGCUGCUCCUAUGUGCAUUUGUACAGGCUUCACCGCGGCCUCACUAACGCUGUGAUACAGAGCGCGGCCAUCUCACACGACGGCAGGUGGGUCGCAGUGUCAUCAGCACGAGGCACCACACACCUCUUCGCCAUCUCCCCUUUCGGAGGCCCCGUAGGCCCCGCCACUCACCUCCCCUCCGCGCCCUCGCCAACGCUCCUCCACCCUGUAUAUACCCACACCCCUUCCCUCCUCCCGCCGCCCCCCCCGCGCCCCUGGUGGUCCGCGCACGCCCCCCUGCGCGCGUCCCCCGCUCCCCCGCGCGUUCCCCCACGCAUACCCGCGCCAAUACCCCUCACAUCAGUGGGGCGCAUUCGAAACGCCAACAGUGGGUGGCGGGGGAACGUGACAGGCGUGGCAGCAGCAGCGGCUGGGCUGGGGGGAGAGAUUCCAGGCGCCGUUGCUGCUGCUUUUCACUUCGGGGGGGUGACAGGUGGCGGGGGGUUUGGAACGGUGGGAGGGAGUGGGGUAGGUAGGCACCAGCAGCAGCAGCAGCACCAGCAGGUAGCUUCCGGGCAGUUUUUCGGGCAGCCGGACUGGGCUCCGCAGCCAAUAGCAGAGCAGCUGUGGGUGUUUUCCCCCUUGGGGCACCUGAUCCGGUACCACCUCACUCCCUUCGCUGCUACUGCUGACCCCUCCUCCUCUUCCUCCUCAUCGCCCUCCCCCUCACACACCUACAGCAGCCCCAUGCACGCGCCCCACUCGUACACCCACCACCCUCACCAGCACUACACGAGCCACACAUACGACCCUAGAGGCAUGUACAUGCCACCCCACGCCAUGGGUCCCCAUAGCAGAGCAGCGGGCAUGCACCCUGGCAUGGGCGCUAUGGGUUCCGCCCCCGCCUUCCCCCCAUAUUCCCCCUUCCCCCCCGCGCCCCCCAUGGCGCAGUCGGACUCGUCAGUGCAGGGGGGGCGCUCCUUUGAGCGCCUGCCCUCUCUCCCCACCCUCGCCCUGCGCUCCGCUGCUGCUGCCGCGGGGGUGAAUAUGAGGGGCGCGGGGGGGGCGGGGGGCGGUGCAGCGGGGGAGGUGGUGGUGAGGGUGGCGGCGGAGGCGAGUGAGGUGUGGGACGUGUGCCGGCGCGUGAGCUGGAGCGACCGUGAUGACCCCAUCCCUGUUGAGGGCGCAUGGGACCGGCAUGGUGCUAGUGCUCAUGCUACUGGUAUUGGUGCUAGUGCUGCUGGUGCUGCUGGUGCUUCUAGUGCUUCUAGUGCUGGUGCUCUGGCUGGUGCUGCAGGUGUUGGUGCUGGCAGCAGUGCGUGCUCAGCGUCAGGGGAGGCAAGGCAGGGAGCAGGGGAGGGGGCGAGGGAGAGGGCGGCAGAGGAGGCACAGCAGAGGGCGUAUCUGAUGCACGCGGAGGUGCAGCUGUCCACCAGCCGAGCCACGCCCCUGUGGGCUCGCUCCUAUGUCCAGCUACAGCCGGAGGACCCACCAGUUGAGCAGCAGCAACAGCAGCAGCAGCCGCUGUCACAGGUCCCACAGUCACUGCCUCCCUUGCCGUCCUCUGCCAGUCCUCCCACACUCGAGGGCUUUCCACAGGCAAGAGCGCAGCAGCAGCAGCAGCAGCAGCAGCAGCAGCAGCAGCAGCAUGCGUAUGACACGCACGAGGGCAUGAGCACAGAGGCACAGCCGCACAUGGGUGUGCACGUGGGAGUGGAGCGUAGCAGUGGUGCCCCCAGACGCACCUCCGCCCUGGGGGGGCUGCUCCGCCACUCCGCCUCUGCUGCUGCUGCUGCUGCUGCCCCGCUGCUCCCACAACACCUCCCCCCAACCCCACCUGCAGCAGCAGGGCUAGCAGUGUCUGAAGCAGGGGUGCGGGGAAGUGAGGGAUUGUCAGGAGUAGAGGGUGUGCAGGGGAGGCAAGUGGGGCCACGUGGAGACCUCCUGGGUAUCGUUACUGCUCCUGGCCUCCUGGCAAGCAGCAGCAGCAGCAGCAGCAGCAGCAGUGGGGAGAGCGCAGGGGGCAGGGCGCGGGGGCAGGCAGUGCAGGAGGCGCGGACAGGGCUGGGUGUGGCGCUGGAGCAGCCCUGGGCGGGCAGCAGAGGGCAGGCGGGGAGCGCUGGGGAGUGGAUAGCGGUGGAGCCGGGUGGAGGAGCAUUAGUAGCAGGGGAUGAAGGGAUGGGUGGUGUGAUUGGUGUGGGUGGAGGGAUGGGGAGCGCAGGGAGGAGGCUGGGAGCUGUGGAUGAGGAGGAGGGCAUGGCAAAUGAUUCUGGUUGGAGGGGAGAGAGUAGGGCGGUUGAGGAGGGGGGCGGCAGUCAAGUGACUGGAUAUCUGGCCCCUGGUCCCAGGGCGAUAGAGGAAUGCGGGGAGGAGGGGGAGGAGGGCGAGGAGGGGCAGAUGGGGGUUGAGGUGAAUGGGAGGCGUGGCGGCGAGAGCAGCGAGGCCUUGGGAGUGUUUGCAUUCGACGACCCGUGGCUUGCUGCUGACCCGCGCACCCUAGGGCUGAUUUCACUUACCUCUUCUCGUUCUCCUGUCGUUCUCUCUUCACUCUCCUGCUUCACUGCCGAUGAGCAUCAGCAGCAGCAGCAGCAGCAGCAGCAGCAGCAGCAGCAGCAGCAGCAGCAGCAGCAGCAGCAGCAGCAGCAGCAGCAGCAGCAGCAGCAGCAGCAGCAGCAGCAGCAGCAGCAGCAGCAGCAGCAGCAGCAGCAGCGGCAUCAGCAGCAGUACCAGCAGCCGCAGCACCAGCAAGAGCUGCCUUAUCCCGCUCCUCCCAGCCCCUGGGACCCCAUUCCCAACCCCUGUCCUCCCGCCCAUCGACCCUCUCCCCCACUAGGAGCCACCACUCCAGUCCCCCCCAGCACCAGCCACUGCCCUCCUCAGGAGCAGCAGGAGCAGCAGGAGCAGCAGGGACAGGAGGGGCAGCAAAAGCAGCUGGAGCAGGAGGAGGAGCGUGGCAGGGAGCAUGGGCCAAAGGAGGUGGAGCAACAACAGGCGGUGGCGGAUGGGGGCCUAAGGGAGUCAGAACCGGUGUCAGAAGUGGUGUCAGAACCAGUGCCAGUGUCAGAAGCAGCCUUAAAUGAGGUGUCAGAAGUGGUGUCAGCGUCAAAAGAGGUGUCAGAAGCAGUGGUGGUGGAGGAGGUGUUGAAUGUAGAACUGGGAGGAGACGAGGAUACGGCGAAUGCAGUGUGCAGCUCCGGCAUGGAAGGUACUGGAGAGUGCGUGGUGAGUGGGGUGGGGGGGAUGGAUCAGGUGGUUGCUGGGGUGAAGGAUGAGGGGGAUGGAGGCGAGGAGAAGGGGAAGAUAGGGGGCUGUGAAGGAUCAGUGGGUUAUAAAUUUGGAGCACAGCGCGGGGAGGAAGGGAUGGCGGUGUGUGAAGGAGGAGCAGGUUCGAGGCAGGUGGAGGGGAGGGAGCAGGAGCACGAGCAGCAAGAGACGGAAAGGCAGGAGAAAGUGGGUGCAGAGAUGCAAGGUGGCAUGGGGAGUGGUGGGCGUGGCAGUGACAGCAGUGGUGGCAGUACUGGCGUUGCUGGCAGCGGUGAAUGCAGCAGUGGGGAAGGCAUUGGGGAGCGUUACCUGCCAUACCUGCCUCCUCCGGAUCACCUGCCGCACCUGUGUCAGCUGGUUGCGGAGGUGCUGGUGAGGCGCGUGCAGCAGGUGAGGCGCGUGCAGCAGGUGAGGCGCGUGCAGCAGGUGAGGCGCGUGCAGCAGGUGAGGCGCGUGCAGCAGGUGAGGCGCGUGCAGCAGGUGAGGCGCGUGCAGCAGGUGAGGCGCGUGCAGCAGGUGAGGCGCGUGCAGCAGGUGAGGCGCGUGCAGCAGGUGAGGCGCGUGCAGCAGGUGAGGCGCGUGCAGCAGGUGAGGCGCGUGCAGCAGGUGAGGCGCGUGCAGCAGGUGCAGGAGAGAGUGCAGCAGAAUCAAGGAGUGAGCAGGGAGGGCUGA